ACGAGGCUGUGCUGUGCUGGACUAGUACUGGAGUGCUGUUGAGUACUCAGCAGGUAUUUGAGAGCUGUCUACCUACAAGACUGGAUUAGCAGCUGAAACACACCGGGCUGGGUUUUGUUACUGAACAACAACAAAAAGACAGAGCAAAACCUUCAUGAAGAGAGAAGGAUAUCGAGGAGAAUGUAUUAGACUGGAAAGGUGCUGGAGAAGAGACCCAUCUUAGGUGGAUGUCAAGUCCAGAUCCCCUCACUAUCUGUGGACACAGUAUGGUCCAGUUCUUCCCUCUAGGACAUCUUUUGUGGCUGUGAACUGUGGUGCUUUGGCUGAGUUCUGCGGUGCGGUUAGAUUUGACCUGGUUCGGCAUUUUCUCUGUGACACUAAUUGGUACAGUACCUGCAGAUCUGUUUUUAGGUUCUAACAAGCUGGAGUUAGACCCUAGUAGUGACUUUUGACCCAGGACAGGUUCUGAUUCUGGUGGAAACUGGUCCAUAUCUGGAGGACUGGAUCCACUAGACAUCAUUACUGGACCGGAGAACCGGGUUACACACAAGACCUUGCCCCUGGUCGUGGACUGAUCCUGUCUUUCUGGAGAAUAGGACCAGAGGAGUACUUUCGGGAACCUGUUGGGCCUCUCUCCCCCCACGACCAUGGGCUCUCUCUGGGGGACAGUCGUGCUGCUGUGUGGGGUGGUUUUCCUCUGGAGCCGAGGCAGUGGUGCCCAGCAGACCAAGAGCAAUGUCCCCAGACUAAAGCUCUCCUAUAAGGAGAUGCUGGAAUCCAAUAACCUGGUAACGUUUGAGGGCCUUGCCAACAGCUCUGCCUACCACACCUUCCUAUUGGACGAGGAGAAGGGCCGGCUUGUGGUUGGAGCCAAGGACCACAUCUUCUCCUUCAACCUCAUCAACAUUAGCAAAGACUAUGCACAAAUCCCGUGGCCGGCCUCCCCCUCCAGGAGAGAUGAGUGCAAGUGGGCAGGGAAAGACCUCUCGAGGGAGUGUUCUAACUUCAUCAAAGUGUUGCAGCCAUUCAACCAGACUCAUCUCUAUGUGUGUGGGACUGGGGCCUUCCACCCUGUCUGUGCCUACCUGGAGGUGGGCAAGAGACCUGAGGACAAUGUGUUCAGACUGGAGUCCCACAUAGAGAACGGACGAGGCAAGAGCCCUUAUGAUCCCAAGCUGCUCACCGCCUCCAUGCUCAUUGAUGGGGAGCUGUACUCGGGGACGUCAGCUGACUUCAUGGGGCGGGACUUUGCCAUAUUCCGGACCCUUGGCAAGCACCAUCCAAUCAGGACGGAGCAGCAUGACUCGCGCUGGCUAAACGACCCGAGGUUUGUGAGCGUCCACCAGAUCCCUGAGAGUGACAACCCCGAGGAUGACAAGAUCUACCUGUUCUUCCGAGAGAACGCCAUGGAUGGAGAGCACGCAGGGAAGGCGACACAUGCUCGCAUCGGACAGCUCUGUAAGAAUGACCUAGGUGGCCACAGGAGUCUGGUGAACAAAUGGACCACCUUCCUCAAAGCUCGGCUGGUCUGCUCUGUCCCCGGCCUCAACGGCAUCGACACACACUUUGAUGAACUGCAGGAUGUGUUCCUGAUCAGCUCCAAGGAUCCGAAGAACCCCAUAGUGUAUGCCGUGUUCACCACCUCCAGUAACAUCUUCAAGGGGUCAGCAGUGUGCAUGUACAACAUGGCAGACAUCAGGAGGGUGUUCCUGGGUCCCUAUGCCCACAGAGAUGGACCAAACUACCAGUGGGUGCCCUUCCAGGGGCGAGUCCCCUACCCGCGCCCUGGCACGUGCCCUAGCAAGACCUUCGGAGGAUUUGAUUCAACGAAGGACCUCCCCGACGACGUCAUAACCUUCGCCAGAGGUCACCCCGCCAUGUUUAACCCUGUGCACCCCAUCAACAACCGACCAAUCAUAGUCAAAACAGAUGUGGACUACCAGUUCACUCAGUUAGUGGUGGACAGGGUGGAGGCAGAGGACGGACAGUACGACGUCAUGUUCAUAGGCACAGAUGCGGGGACAGUGCUGAAAGUGGUCUCCGUCCCUCGAGGAUCCUGGCAUGACUUGGAGGAGGUCCUCCUGGAGGAGAUGACGGUGUUCAGGGAACCGACCGCUAUAACGGCAAUGGAGCUUUCCACAAAGCAGCAACAGCUGUACCUGGGCUCGUCCAUGGGUGUGUCCCAGAUGCCUUUGCACCGUUGUGAGGUGUACGGGAAGGCCUGCGCCGAGUGCUGUCUGGCUAGAGACCCCUACUGUGCCUGGGAUGGCACAGAGUGUUCCAGAUACUUCCCCAUGGCCAAGAGGAGAACGAGGAGGCAGGACAUUAGGAAUGGAGACCCUUUGACCCAGUGCUCAGAUCUGCAGCAUCACGACGAACUCAAUGGUCAAACCACCCUGCAGGAUAAGACAGUGUAUGGGGUGGAGAACAGCAGCACGUUUCUGGAAUGUACUCCCAAGUCUCAGAGAGCUCUUACUUACUGGCAGUACCAACAACCCAACGACGACCGCAAACAAGAGAUCAAAGCCGGGGAGCGUUUCAUACGUACGGAGCAAGGCCUGCUGAUCCGAACCCUGACCAAGCAGGAUUCCGGAACCUUCCUGUGUCAGGCGGUGGAGCACAGUUUCAUGCAGACCCUCCGCAAGGUCACCCUGGAGGUCAUCGACACCGAGCGCCUGGACGAGCUGCUCCACCGCGACGAGGAGGCCGCCGCCCACUCCCCCACUGUGCAGGACCUGCCCCCCGUGCGAGAGUCGCCCAAUCAGAAGGUGUGGUACCGAGACUUCCUGUCCCUGGUGAACCACCCCACCACGAACAGUGUGGAUGAGUUCUGCGAGCAGGUGUGGAAGAGGGAGAGGAAACACAGGAGGCAGAAGGCCAAUCUUGCCCAGCAGGUACAGCAGCAUCAUCAGCAGCAGCAACAGCAGCAGCAGCAGAAGGGGCUCGUGCACGCUCACGGCCACGUGCACGCCCACGGGCUGGCCGCCAAGUGGAAACACCUGCAGGAGAGGCAGAAAGGACGCAACCGCAGGACCCACGAACUGGAGAGAGCCCCUCGCAGCGUCUGACCUCGAAAUCUGACCCCGCAACUCCAACCCGAAUCCCAUGUCUGUGUCCUGGUCCCCAUCACCUCGCCCCCCCCCCCCACAUCUCCCACAUACUGAGACAUAGACUCCUUCCUUCCACACAGACUUGUGAAUAAAAGAAGCUCAACUGGAAACAAAGGCAAUAUCCCUCUGGUCGGUAUGUUGUGUGUGUGCGUGGGCACCGUGUUUACAGUGAGCCGCUCAGAAGGACGCCCAGAGACAAGAUGUUCCACAGGACUGUUAUCUCAGCUGGCCUGCCUGGCCUCUGCCCCAAUGGCGAACAGCUUCAGCCAUCAAGGCCCCUUACCAUGCUCCACUCCUGAAUAUACUUACCAACAGCCCUGUCUAGAUAGCUAUGUGUCAUCCAAUAAUAAGGUUUUAUGAUUUACUGUUGAUCAUCUCCCUUUUACAGCCAGAUUCUAAUACCUAAAAUGUAUCUAGACGGAUCUUAGGAAACAAGGGAUGAUAGUGUUUUAGAAUCGCUCAAAGAGCCGGAACAGACCUCCAAACGUAUCAUAAAGACAAUACAAAUCUUCACAGCUAGGUUAAAAGCACAAAGGUUUGAUGUUUUGUGGAGAACGUGUAGGAUCUGAAGGACUGAGGUGAAUGCCCAAGCACUGCAAGCAACGUCACAGAGUCGCUACUACUUGUCAACUAUGAUCUUGUUCUAAGUUAUGUACUAUGUGUAAAUAAUUGCUUUGUUACCUCCUCGUACUAAAGGGAAUGGUGUCUGGAAUUCUUGUUACUUUCUGUUGCUAGCCCCAUAAACAAAUGUAUUUAAGAAAAAGUGAUUACUUGUUUUGGAUUAAAAAGCAGUCAAUUAUAAAAGUGACAUUGUGUAACAGUAAUGGUGUUUAAGUGUAUAGUUGAGCUCUUCCAACACAGAUGUUUAGUAUUUUAUUUUUAUGCUCGUCUUCUGUUAGUCCAUACAAGUCCUAGUAUUCAAUAAUCCAAUGAUUCUGCUAUAACUUGCUACCAGUUUUUGUUACAUCAUUUUUAAUUUCCUUACCACUAUUCACUGUCCAAGUCAUUAUCUAUAUACCAAGUUGAUUAUAUUGAUUAUGCAAUUUACAUACAACAAUGUGUUUAUAUUUAUUGAAGUAUAUGUUCAUUGUGAAAAUAAUGUGACAUAUAUAGAUAAGCCUCGUUUUUGGUAUCAUUUCAUCACUAUUCAUUGUAACUUGUACUUGUGACUUUUACGUAACAUUUUGUUUCACGUAAUGCAAUCACACUGACAAACAGGAGAAAACACACGUAACAUAAUUUCACUCUCUGGACAAUGGUAUAUUGCAUACCGUUGUCAAGCAAUUACAUUAUGUUCAUGAAGGGUACUGCACAAGACGUUCUUCUGAGAAAAACAUUGACAUUCAAAUAUUUUUAGGAGAUAUUGCCACCCCAUUUUACAGAAUUAUUGUUGGCAAAAUACUUUUUAACACUAUAGGUAGGUACGAUCCCUGGAGACAGAACCCUGUUCAACCUUAUGUUCCAGAGUCUGGUCUGACAUCCAUUUGAAUCAUGAAACAUCCAGCCAGUACAGGAUACUGACAUACACACUGACAGAAGGUUGCACAAAUACGCAGAAACAAAAAAGCUGGAAUGUAGCUGGAAAGGUCCUGUAAAUAACAUUAAGAACAACUACCAUGAUUCAGAAGUACCACAAUGUGUACAAAUUGCAUGUGGAUGCCAUCUUGGUGUACCUGUUUUGCUGUGACAGUGGUCUCUCGUCUAAAACAGUUGUUUGUGGUUCCUCUGCUGUUAACUUACAGACAGCACACGCUGACUAUGUUUCAAUGGUGUAAAUACUGUCAUUUAUGUAAAGACUCUCACGUGCAUAAUGGACUAUACACACCGAACUAGCCUAAAGUACCAUGGUGUACUCAACUGGCCCCAAGGAGCUUCCUCAUUGAUCCUGACUGUCCACUCUGGAUCCAGCCAAUCACUCGGACCAGUUUAGAUCACUGACCAAGGAACAGGACGCGGAGCAUUACAAUACAGUUUAAUUCUAGUGAAACGUAACAACGCAACAGUAUACAAUCAGACAAAAUGGUUGAGCACAGGGGAUUGGAGGUGUAGUCACUUGGGGGAGGCUAUAGGACGGUUGGUAAGGGACUUGAACUAGUGACCCCGCAGUGUGGGAAUCCUCUCCUGUUCCGUGUGAUGUCAAUGAGGGAGUUAAGUGCUGCUGCUGCUGCUGUAAAGACUGGCAUGAUGAUAUUAUUCUACUGUUCUAAUAAAUGUCCCUUCAUUAAGUCA